UACAGCUCCACACAGGCUGGUAUUCAGCUGCAGACAGAGAAAAUGCCAUUUUGCAUUCUUUUUUGAUAUGCAAAAGCUCUUGAAGUCAGAAAGGGAAAGUUAGAGUGUAGUGGCAGAUACAUUAGGCAAGAAGCUGUGAAUACUUGACAUAGCCUCAUGAAAAUGUUCUGUUUCAGGGGCUUUCAUUCACUGUCCUGAGAAUGGCUGUGUUGUAGCAUACUGUUCCAGCAUUCAAUUAGUGUAGUUUGUGUAUGACCCUGCUAAUGCGUAUAUGGGAUGGUGGCUAUUUUGUAGGGCACUGACAGCACUGAAGAGAUUACAUUCCGAUGGAUUUAGCUUUGUUUUUGCACUACCUUCUGUGCUUUUUCAAAUCAUCUCCUGCUUGGUAUUUUUUACUAUUAAUAAUUGCAGACAGCAGCUGGCCAACAAGCCGUGGUGCUGAAAAGACAGCUCCCCACUGACAGCAAUGUAACAGGCAUGAGAAGAGAGGCCCUGGUUUACCCAGUUCAUCGUUGCCAUGGAUGAUGAUUUGUUUCAGCUGAGACAGCUGCCUGUGGUGAAGUUUCGUCGCACAGGGGAAAGUUCCAGAUCUGAUGACGACACCAUUUCAGGAGAACAUGAGGUUCGCAUUGAAGGAGUUCACAGUGGUUUAGAUUCUGUGGAGCUAGAUCAUGGAGCAGGAGUGCCAAAGGAAUUUGCAAAUCCAACUGAUGACACAUUCAUGGUGGAAGAUGCAGUUGAAGCCAUUGGCUUUGGCAAGUUCCAGUGGAAGCUUUCUAUUCUCACCGGCUUGGCAUGGAUGGCAGAUGCCAUGGAGAUGAUGAUCCUGAGCAUUCUUGCUCCCCAGCUUCACUGUGAGUGGAGGUUACCAAACUGGCAGGUUGCAUUGCUUACAUCGGUGGUAUUUAUUGGAAUGAUGUCAAGCUCUUCUCUGUGGGGAAACAUGUCAGACCAGUAUGGAAGAAAAACAGGCCUGAAGAUUAGUGUUUUGUGGACCCUAUAUUACGGAGUCCUCAGUGCUUUUGCUCCUGUUUACAGCUGGAUCCUUGUACUAAGAGGACUCGUUGGCUUUGGGAUUGGAGGAGUUCCACAGUCGGUAACUCUGUAUGCAGAAUUUCUUCCAAUGAAAGCAAGAGCAAAAUGUAUUCUUCUCAUAGAGGUCUUUUGGGCCCUCGGAACAGUUAUGGAAGUCCUUCUUGCAGUACUGGUGAUGCCCAGCCUUGGAUGGCGUUGGCUGCUUCUACUUUCCACGGUGCCGCUCAUCAUAUUUGCAGUCUUGUGUUUUUGGCUGCCAGAAAGUGCCCGAUAUGAUGUUCUAUCUGGAAACCAGGAAAAGGCCAUUGCCACUUUAAAACGAAUCGCAAUGGAAAAUGGAGCACCAAUGCCCUUGGGAAAGUUGAUUGUUUCCCGGCAGGAGGAUCGAGGAAAGAUACGGGACCUCUUCACUCCACCUUUUAGGAGGACAACACUACUGCUCUGGUUUAUUUGGUUCUCCAAUGCCUUCUCUUACUACGGAUUAGUUCUGCUGACUACCGAACUGUUCCAAACUGGCGAUGUCUGCAGCAUUUCAAAGGGUACAAAGACAUCAGAGCCGAAAUGUAGCCUCGAAUGUAAGCUGCUAAAUGUGACUGACUACACUGAUCUACUCUGGACUACACUGUCAGAAUUUCCGGGAAUUAUAGUUACUUUGUGGAUCAUUGAUCGGAUUGGUCGUAAGAAGACAAUGGCGCUAUCAUUCUUCAUGUUUGCAAUAUGUGCUCUUUUACUGUUUCUCUGUGUUGGCAGAACUGCUCUUACAGUAUUCCUGUUUGUUGGAAGAGGUUUUAUUUCAGGGGGAUUCCAAGCAGCCUAUGUGUACACACCUGAGGUUUACCCAACAGCUACCCGUGCCCUGGGACUGGGAACAUGCAGUGGAAUGGCCCGUGUUGGAGCACUUAUUACUCCUUUUAUUGCCCAGGUGAUGCUGGAGUCUUCGGUCUAUCUGAGUCUCUCUGUCUACAGUGGCUGCUGCAUUUUGGCAGCAGUGGCUUCCUGUUUUCUGCCAAUAGAAACAAAAGGACGUGGUCUGCAAGAGUCAAGCCACCGGGAAUGGGGUCAGGAAAUGGUUGGAAGAGGGUCCCAGAAUUUAGGCAGCAUGGCACGAUCAAGUUCUGGAUCUCAAUCACGAUAACUCAGGAGAUGGAGUCUUUGUUAACUGAUCUACAGGAUAUGCUGUUACAUGUGCUUAAUUCUCUGGUGAAUAUCAGGGAUAGUGAACCUGCAUUUUUCUUGUAAACAGAGUCUUCAGAUCCUUUAUAUAAUUCCUUGAUUUGUGAUCUUUGCAUCUCUUCAUUGAACAAAGUGUUUGGGGUACUCAUUUUGCUUACAAGUGCGAUUGGUCAGAAACCAUACAGCAGUACUUGAAGAAGGGUAUGAAAACCAGGAACUGCAAUCCAGUUCAGAACAAUUUGUGAACAUUUGUAAGAAGACUGUACACUUUGGGGGAUAACAAGUAGAGGGAAGGGCCAGCUUUAUGUAGACUGCAGCUCAAUCUACUUUGUUGCUAGAUUUGUGCAUUAGAUGCCUUUGUGGCACUCAGUACAAACACAACAAUGUGUCAUUCCAUCUUCUCAGAUAUAUGGACCGCAAUCAAACUGAACUUGAAAACAGGUAUAGUAAGAAACUCAACAAAAUGUUAGGCACUGACUCCUCCUCAGUCAUUAAUGUGCAGAAGUAACUAGUUCUUGGAUGUACCCAUGGCUUUUAAUAAGAGGCAUGGCACACUGUACUUUUAUCAUAUUGCUCACUGUUGUAUUGUGAUAACACUUGGGACUUCUUCCACAGAAGUCCUGACUUCCAGAGCUUUUCAACAUUCCUUAUCCUGGCCAGGUGGAUAUCCUCCCACCUGGACAUCGGCAUGUCUAUGGUAUAAGUGUGACCUCCAUCUGCACAAUCUUUCUUUAUUGGCAUUGUCUCAGAAAUUUCAUAAUUUGUUGCAAAUACUGAGCAUUGUCAGUUUAUUGGCUCAUCCUGGCUUCCAGAGCAGAGAUAAUUACCUUAUUUGGGGAUAAAUUAUUGUAUUGUUUAUUGUUUGUUUGUAGCAAAGCAGUUUUCAGGUGUCACUGAUAGAGAUCAUUUUCUAAAUUUAAUAAAUGUUUUACCUGCAGAAACCAAAUCCCAUGUAAAGACCUUCAUAGUCAUUGUUUGUUUUGUUUUGUUUAGGGAUGGAGCAUGAUGACAUCUCCUAGGUUCACCUAGAAGGCAAGAACUGGGGAGCCAAGUAUCACCAGGGCUAUUUGAACCAAAAAAUGCUGUUUCACCUUUUCCAGGGCCAGCAUGUUGUCAGUCAAAUCAUCUCUGGAUGCCCUACUUAAAAAUGCAAACAGAAGUGCUCCUGGAAGGCUGGCAACAUGCCCAUUGAGUCCUAAGGUCACCCAAAGCUUGAGGGCAUCAGGUCUAGUAAGGCUUUUUUGUAGUCCCAGCUGUAAUACCUAGAUGAACCAAGGCUUCUAACAUUGUCCCUCAGGAAGUCAACACAUAAUCGUAUAAUGGCAUGCCCUCUCAAGCUGAAACUCUAUAGCAGUCAUUCAGUCCAGAUGUCUCAGUGACCAUCUAGUUCUGAUGCCUGUAUUUUGAUAACUAAGUAUAAGGGCAGUAUUCUUACAGUUCUGGUACAGUAGGAUUUAUAUUGCUCAUGAAUUUAAGUCAUUGAUGUCCUCCUGUGACUAGUGACUUCUAAGGUGGCCAUCAGUCCCCAAAACUGGGUGAAGGCAUCCAAGUAUGAGAUGUCCACCAUUUUGCCCCCAUCUGAGAUGGGUUAGAUCUGCAUCCUUCACAAGACCUGAUGAAGUUGGCUCGGACCUUUGUACUUUUCCUCAAGGUCCUACAGCCACCUGAAAAAGCAAAAGGAAACAUCCUAACCUGAGGAGUCAGACUUCUCUGAGUCAAAGGUGGAUGAACUAGCCUACAUGGACCUGAUAUCUUUCCUCUUGUUUUGUGAGUUAGAUACUGAGGAGACAUUAUCUUCUGCCUCCCCACAAUAGGAUUUCUCAUUCUGAGAUACUCUGAACAGGGUGAAAGAUUCUUUAAAUGGGAAACCAAGGACUAUUCUGAUAGAAAAGCCAGAGGGAACUUUUCAGUUUAGCAGAACCAAAACCUUUAGUUAUUCCUCCAGCUUCUGAAGUCUUGAGGGUUGGGAGGGUGGCCUAGUGGUUAAGGUGUUUGCCUUACAAAUACAAAGUGCAGGGUUUGAGUCUCACAAGGGUCUAAUUGGCUAAGCUUAAAAUGGCUCACAAGGGCAGUUAGCUUAGUACUAGCCUAUGCACCUAUGCACCUAAAGAAUGCAUCUUUGGAACCAGAUUCCAAGACCUCAGCUCCCUGGAAGCCCAACUAUUUUAUAGGGUUUUGGAUUUGUGUAAGUACUUGCAGUAGUACCCAGUUACUCAUUCAGUUGUUUCAUCUAUGAAUGUCAAAAAAGAGCUCCAACCAAGAAUCCCCUUUCCAGUGACAGAGAAAGUCAAGUACUAGUCUGCUUUAAGAAAAAGUCUGGCCUUGAAAGCUUUCAGUUACCAGUCUCAGUUGUUAAAGUUCCAGUGGACUGUUUUGUCCCAACUUGAGGACAAGUUUGAGGAGGUGGGUGACAAUGCCAUGAGAGAUAAAGUGUUGGACAUGUGCAACCACACCUUUCAGUUUGGUAAGCACUGUAUCAAGUGUGGCUAUGAUGCAGUGGAUGUACCAUGCAGGGCAGUAACAAUGGAGUCAGUUAAAAGGAGAUUUACCUAUAUGAGGAUCCAGAUCCUUCAAGACCAUAUUAAAGCAGAUUUCAGUGUCCCAUUAGGAAAGGAGCUGCUGUAGGACCUCCUGCUAUGCAAGUAAAAGCUGGAUGAAAAGCAGAAGGCAAUGUACUCUAUGAAGCAACACAGUGGCACAAUGGAUAUUGUUGCCAUCUCACAGCAACAGGUUCCCUGGUUUGAUUCUUGCCUGGGGUGCCUUCUUUGUGGAGUCUGCAUGUUCUCCAUCUGUUUAUGUAGGUUUCCUCUUGGUGCUCUAGUUUUCUCCCAUUUCAAAGGCAUAUAGUAGGUGGAUUGUCUAAGUUGGCAAUAGGAGUGUGUGUGUGUGUGUGUGUGUGUGUGUGUGUGUGUGUGUGUGUGUGUGUGUGUGUGUGUGUGUGUGGUUUGUGCUGACUUUGUCAAAUAUUUAUGUUACUGAACAAAAUGAAAGCUGACUUGUGUGAUCUAAAGUCCACACACACACACACACACACACACACACACACACACACACACACACACACACACACACACACACACAAAUAUAGUUAAAGUACAAGACACAUCAAAAUAUAGACAGUUCAUAAUGUAGAUACAUCAAAAUGCAGAUCUCAAAAUACUAUCAAAAAACACCUAAAGCCCACAGUACAUUAAUCACAAAAAAAAAGCAUGCUACUUCUGUGAUCAGUUUACACAAAGUACAAUAAAAUAAAACAUCCCAAAUCCCUAAGCCCUAGCAAUACCAUAGUACAUGGUUUGUCUGAAUCAUGGUUGUGUUACGGAAAAUGUUUUUGUAAGAUAAGGGGCAGGGUUAGGUUUACAGUCA